AUGCCUGGCAGUUAUUGGACCUCAACUCAACGACUGUGUUGGCAAUAUUCCAAAGCAGCCUUAGCAAGACAAAGACAAGAACUUUGGCUUCUUCAAUGCCAAUUGUUCCCGCAAGGUCUAAAUAUUGUCGUGAAUACAAGACAAAAUAAAGAACAAACAAGUAAUAAAGAUACUAAUGGCACGCCUCAACAACUCCAAUCUACUAUUAGUGUGAAAAAUAUCCCAAUAACACAUAGAGAUCUACAUUAUGAUAAGGAUUUUAAUUUACGUAUUUAUUGUUAUUUUUUAAUAAUGAAGCUAGGUAGAAGAUUAAACAUUAGACAAUAUGCUUUAGCCACAGCACAUGUUUAUCUUUCUCGUUUUCUCUUAAAAGCCUCUGUGAGGGAGGUGAACUUAUAUCUAUUGGUUACUACAUGUGUAUAUCUAGCAUGCAAAGUUGAAGAAUGUCCACAGUAUAUAAGAACUUUAGUCUCUGAAGCCAGAUCUCUUUGGCCUGAAUUUAUCCCACCAGAUCCAACCAAAGUGACCGAGUUUGAAUUUUAUCUAUUGGAAGAGCUACAAUGUUAUUUGAUUGUGCAUCAUCCAUAUGAAGCUAUGGAACAAAUUAUUGAAGUACUCAAAACAUCAGACUAUAAUUUGAUUUUAUCUAAUGAGGAUAUCCAAAAUUGUUGGUCUUUAAUUAAUGAUUCUUAUAUCAACGAUGUACACCUCAUUUAUCCACCACAUAUUAUAGCUAUGGCAUGCAUGUUUAUCACGAUAUCACUACAAAAUACCAGUGAUGACAACAAUAACAGUAAUAGCAAUAAUAGUUUUAUAAAAAACAGUACUAAUUUAGCUAAUAUUCUAUCGGCAGAUAACUUAACUCCUGCACAAGAGAAAUUUAAUAAGUUUAUGGCAGAGUCCCAAGUAGAUCUACUAGAAGUCUCAGAUACAAUUCAACAACAGAUUACACUAUAUGAUCAUUGGGACAAAUAUCAUGAACCGUGGAUCAAAUUUUUAUUGCAUACACUAUAUUUAAGACCAGUAAUAAAUCAACCACCAAAAAGUAAUAGUAGCAACAUCAGUAAUAAUAGUGAUCAUUAUAUUCCAAAUAGUUACAAUAAUCUUAAUUCCAGUUCAAUCUCCAAUAAUAAUAACAAUACUACUACUACUAAUAAUAAUAACAGUAACAGCAACAAUAACAAGAAAAAUGGACAAUUUACUAAAAACAAUCAAAGAGCUGAUGAUGGCAUCAGUACAUCUUAUACAAACAAUACUACAAACAAUCUACAUACUACUACUAAUAAGGGAUCUGCCAGUAGUACUAUCGAUAGUGUUAACAAUAAUAUAUUAUGA